AUGGAGGGAUUUGGUGCUGAGGUAGAUCUGAGUGUCAUCAGCAUAGCAGUGGAAGUCCAGGUUGAAGUGGCGGAGUAUCUGACCGAGGGGCAGGAUGUAAAUGAUGAAGAGGAGGGGGCCAAAGGAGUGGUUGGGGAGGGAGAUGAAGUGGGAUCGUUCAGUGAGGUAGGACUGGAGCCAUCUGAGUGCAAUACCUUCAAUACCAAUGUCCCUGAGUCGGGUGAGCAGGAUGUUGUGGCUGACGGUAUCGAAGGCUGCACUCAGGUCGAGGAGGAUGAGAAUAUUGAGGGAACCAGUGUCAGCAGAGGUGAGGAGGUCAUUGAGGACUUUGACGAGUGCAGUUUCUGUACUGUGGACUACCACCACAGACUGGUUUGUGUGACGGAGAGGGAGCGGUUUGAGGUACCAAUACUUGCCAUCGGGCCACGUGGCAUUCUUGAUUUUCGCGAUGAGCUCCAUUUACCCAUCUGUACCGUGAAAGCCUCCACAGAGAGGACUCACCUGGUCCGCAACAUAGGAAAUGCUGUGGCCAAGUUCAAUCUAGACACAAAGAGCCCUUUUUCUGUGACGCCCCCCUGUGGGACUCUCGAUGUAGGCGAGAGCAUGCAGGUGACUGUGACCUUUAACCCCAUGACCACAGGAGACCACAGCCAGGACCUGCAUCUGCACUACCACACAG